GAGUGAAUCAGAGGCUUGAGAAAGAGAUGAAAUUUGGCUGUCUUUCCUUCCGGCAGCCUUAUGCUGGCCUGGUCCUAAAUGGAGUCAAAACCCUCGAGACUCGUUGGCGUCCUUUGCUGGCAAGCCAACACAGCUGCACCAUCGCUAUUCAUAUUGCUCAAAAAGACUGGGAAGAUGAAUCAUGGAAGUAUAUACUGGUGGAAAGGCUUGGGAUGACAAGCAUGGAGAUUCAGGCAUUAUUGGAUGAAGGGGAGAAGUUUGGCAGAGGAGUCAUUGCUGGGCUCGUGGAUGUUGGGGAAACUUUGCAGUGUCCUGCAAAUCUGGCUCCAGAGAAGUUGGUGGACCUGGAAAACCAAGCUGUAUUGACCAACGUGAAACAAAAGUACCUGACGACAAUUUCGAACCCAAGGUGGCUAUUACGCCCCAUAUUUGCUAAAGGCGGAAAGGAUAUAUUUCAAGUGGAUAUCCCCAAAGAAGUGAUCCCUAUGGAGCAGGGAAAAUUUAUCAGAGCUUCCCUAGAAUCAAGUGGCAGAGAACUGAGCCAAAUGGCUUUAAUGGAUAUGGCUCAUAUGUAAGUGAUACUGUAAAUUCAUCUUAUUAAUAACAUUAGCUGUCUUCUAAAGGAAAACAAAUUAUUUCUUAAAACCAGAAUUAUGAUUUUCAAGCUAAAACAUCCAUGAGGUAUCCGGCAAGAUAAUGAAAACAACCCAUAAAUGUCAUCAUGUGACUAUUUUUAUCAGUUCUGUUCAUUUCAAGCCUGUAAUAAUAAAACAUUUUUUUAAAAA